AUUUCAUAAUCCCAACUCACGAGCAUCUUCACCCACCAAGCCAUAAAUUUUGAAUAACAGUGGCGCGCCUUCAUUUAAACAAAAUACCUUUGAAGCGUGAGAGCUCUUCGUCGAUUCAGACCUAUUCCAAGCUAAAAGUCAGAGCGGUAAAAGAAAACGGUUUGAACGUAAUAAUAUCUGGUUGAGCCGGAUCGUGGCAUAUAACACAUCCUGAUUUUUUAUAAUGCAAAAUAAUUUCUUGCUCCAGGCUUAAUUUCAUUCUACAUUCGGAACUCUUAUAACAUUCUGGUCUGGAUUGCGGUCCUUUUGUUUCUUCUUUCUAUUAGCGCGGAGUUCAAUACCUUGUUACCGUUCCAAAUUUCAUUUAGAAUAGCGUCAAGUUGCGAGAACCGUUAUAUCUCUGUACAGGUGAAUGGUGCUACAUCAAAGUCCUCUAUUGUAUGUGCGCCUCGGGUAUGGACAUGUAUAUUUGUUGUUAAAUAUAUACAUAUGUGUGUAAAAUACAGAGAAGGUAUCGAGGCGCGCUGUAUAAAAUAGUUUGGAAAGUGAAAGCAAUGUCCUCGGUAGUGCGGGGAACAAGGGAAGAAGUCGAGGCGUGCUCGCAUCUAACGAUAUAUACCUAUACCUAUACCUGUAGGUACGCUAUGGUACAUCGAUUUUCACUGUAAAUAAUUCAUUUGGAAGCCUACGCGACGUUUUAUGUAAAAUUAACGACGAUUAUAGUCAUAGACUUCCAGGCACACUAAAAUUGCUCUAAUUUUUGCAGCUAGUUAACCGCAACACGAAUGACUCAAACUUUUCGACAAAUUAUACAAAAAUAAAAAUAAUAUUUUCAAAUACUUUAGAUUCCUGUAAUCAUGAAUCUCGAUGAAAAUGCAAUAGCGUAGAGACAUCGACCCUCUUCUUAGACACAGUAUAAACCGUUUGACCUGGUAUCGAUAUAUUGCACUUUGAAUUACUCGGAGAAUGCGAACAAAUCGACAUGCCCGUAAGUGAGCGUUUGCGAUGAACGCUUGAAAAUCCUGAUUAAACAAAUCAAGCUCAAUGCCCAAAUUCAUGUUCUACAAAGUAUCGAUUCAGAUGCAGAUUUAUACAUGUAAAGAUGUUAAUCGCGUUGUAAUAUAAGCUAAGGUACAUCGGUGUUAAAAAGUGGAAAGCUGCGGGUCGUUGGCCAGCUCACUGAAUAUAUUUUUUCGUAUUCUACGGACAAUAAUUUCCAGUAAUUCAACCUCGGUGAUGGUUUACUUAUUGUGGUGUCCUUCGAUGCGACAGAUGGGUGUGCUUGGCGAAAGAAAUCGGAAGAACCGUUCGUCGUAAGGUAUGAAGUGAGAGGAUGAGGUUUGGCGGAUGGCUGAGCCGGAAUUUUUCGGCGGCGUUGUUGCUGUUUUUUUUUAACGCUGCGAUAAAAAGUACGACAGCUAUAGAUAAUUUGCGAGUUGCCUACCAGUGGAAACUCCUUGAUUAUGCCUGGCCAAGUGAUGAAAUGCGAAGUAAUUUUCCCGCCUAUCAACGCGAGGAUAAUCUUCCCCUUGGACUCGAAGUAGCCGGUGAUAAACUCUUCAUCACGGUCCCGAGAUGGCGACCUGGUGUGGCUUCUACGCUAAAUUACAUAAAGUUAAACGACACGAGCGAAUCGCCGUUACUGACACCGUAUCCUUCUUGGGAGGCGCAUCAGUACGGCAACGGAAGAGUACCGGAAGUUGUCUCAACGUUUAGAAUUCGAGCUGACCGUUGCGAUCGGCUUUGGGUGCUGGACACCGGCUUAGCAGAUAUCCUGGGAAAACCGGAACAACAGGCUCCGCCAACACUCGUCGUUUAUGAUUUGGUUAACGAUCAAGUUCUGAGAAAAUUCGUCAUCCCGGAAACUCAAAGAACGGCGGAUUCCCUUUUUGCAAAUAUUGCCGUAGAGGAUGCCGAUUGUAAAGACACAUUUGCGUACCUUGCCGAUUUGGGAGGACCGGGAUUAGUAGUUUAUUCAUGGCAGCGAAAUAUCUCCUGGCUCGUGAAACAUCACUUUUUUCAUCCAGAUCCACAGAGUGGAGAAUUCAACGUCUCUGGAAUUGCCUUUCAAUGGACAGAUGGUCUUUUCGGACUGGCUUUGGCUCCUGGUGGGGAUGGGUACAGUACUCUAUAUUUCCAUCCACUUUGCAGCACCAUGGAAUUUUCGGUCAGCACAAAGAUCCUUCGGGAUCCAGAGCUUGCGCGGUCGUCAGGUACUUUCCACAAUUUCAAAGCACUCGGUUCUAGGGGACCGAACGGUCAGAGUAGCGUGAGUUUCCUUGAUCCAGUAACCGGAAUAUUGUUUUACGCUUUGACAAAUUUGAACGCCAUCGCAUGUUGGAAACCCGGUAGCAGAUACAGUAUCCUGGAUCAAGGAAGAGUUUACAUGGACAACGUGACAAUGGUGUUCCCCAACGAUCUCAAGAUUGAUCGGCAGGGAAAUAUUUGGGUGCUUUCGGAUCGUCUGCCGAUUUUUAUGUACGCGCAAUUAGAUCCGAAUGAUUACAAUUUCCGUAUACUAACAGGAUCUGUAAAAGAAGCAGUGAAAGGAACGGUGUGCUCCAUGGGAUCAAUCGGUAGACCAGUUCAGAUUCCAUCGUCGUCGCCGUCUUCUGUUGAUAAAAUGCAAUCGACAACGCCACAGCUCAGUGUUCGAACUGGUGGAAAAACUGAUGCCGCAAGUGGUGAAUCGAGGACGCGAAUCUCCUCGAUUUUAAUUGUUCUCCUCUUUGUAUUUUCACUGAAGAAAUCUAUUGAACCGCUCGAAUAAAAUAGUAUUGUCUUAAA